AUGAUUUCUUCGAUUUCUCUUUGCUGGUCCUGUACUCCAGUUACAACUACUGUUGCUGCUGGUCUCGGUCUCGUCCUCUUUGCUAUGGUCCUGGUUGUUCUUCGUUUGAGAGCUCAUCGAGGUCCCAAGCAUACCGCAGACUUGACAAUUACACAAGGAAGCAUGAUCAAGAUUCCUACUUGGAAAAGAUCCUAUGGCCUGGAUGUACAGCAGCCCUAUAGGCGUGAAUCGUAUGAGUUCGAAGAUGUGUGA